CCAGGCGCCCCCCCGCGUGUGGUGGUGGCCGCGCUGGCGCUGUGGCGCAGGCCAUCGUGUGGCGCCCGUGCGCCAGCCACCGCGCGAUAUUUCCCUGGCCCUCCUCGCCGCCUGCCUUCUACUUGUACCUGAGCGAGCCUCCACCCGCCCGCGCCCUGCAGGCCGCACUCCCGCCAGCCCGCUUCGCCUUCCUCCCGCGGCUGCAGCCAGCGCUCAGCAGCUCAAGGUCACCAUUGAAUGGCCGCAACAAUGGGUUCAAUAUCUGCCUAUGGUUCUUACCAAACAAAUAGGCCCAUUGCACUGAAGCAGACACCUCACAUGCAAUUCCAACAAUGUUGUAGAGGCGGAGUUAGGUUCUUAAGCAAUCAUUCCCAAUCCAUGCGAAGUAAGACACAGCUGUCCAAAAGAAGAGCCACAAAUCGUCCAAAGACUACCAGGUCUCAGGCACCUAUUGUAUGUUCCACUGGAAUGACCAUAAUUUUUGUUGCAACUGAAGUACACCCAUGGUGCAAAACUGGUGGCCUCGGUGAUGUUGUAGGAGGACUGCCCCCAGCUCUGGCUGCCAUGGGACACCGAGUCAUGACGAUAGCUCCUCGCUAUGAUCAAUACAAGGAUGCAUGGGAUACAAAUGUCCUUGUUGAGGUAAAUGUUGGUGACACAGUAGAAACUGUUCGCUUCUUCCACUGCUACAAAAGAGGAGUUGAUCGUGUUUUUGUUGAUCACCCUAUGUUUCUUGAAAAGGUAUGGGGCAAGACUGGUGCAAAAUUGUAUGGUCCUACUACAGGAACUGACUAUAGAGAUAACCAGUUGAGGUUCUGCCUUUUGUGCCUUGCUGCAUUGGAGGCUCCAAGAGUUCUCAAUCUCAGCAAUUCUGAAUACUUCUCUGGACCUUAUGGUGAAGAUGUUGUCUUCGUAGCGAAUGAUUGGCACACUGCAGUUCUGCCCUGCUAUCUGAAGAGCAUGUAUAAGCCAAAUGGAAUUUAUGCGAAUGCUAAGGUUGCUUUCUGCAUUCACAACAUUGCCUAUCAAGGUAGAUUUGCCAGAGCAGACUUCGAAGUUCUUAAUCUACCUGACAGUUUCUUGCCGUCAUUUGAUUUUAUUGAUGGACAUGUUAAGCCUGUACUAGGGAGAAAGAUUAACUGGAUGAAGGCAGGGAUCAUUGAGAGUGAUCUGGUUCUAACAGUUAGUCCACAUUAUGUCAAGGAACUCACUUCUGGCCCAGACAAAGGUGUUGAGUUGGAUGGUGUCCUUCGCACAAAGCCCCUUGAAACUGGAAUUGUAAAUGGCAUGGAUGUUUAUGAAUGGGAUCCUUCAACAGAUAAGUACAUCAGUGUGAAAUAUGAUGCAACAACGGUAACUGAAGCAAGGGCUCUCAAUAAAGAAAGGUUGCAAGCUGAAGUUGGAUUGCCUGUGGACUCCAACAUCCCUGUUAUAGUUUUUGUUGGCCGUCUUGAAGAACAGAAAGGAUCAGACAUACUUAUUUCAGCCAUUCCAGAAUUCGUGGGCGAGAAUGUUCAGAUAAUUGUUCUUGGUACAGGGAAGAAGAAAAUGGAGGAGGAAUUGACGCUGCUAGAAGUGAAAUAUCCAAACAAUGCUAGAGGCAUAGCGAAAUUCAACGUCCCAUUAGCACAUAUGAUGUUUGCUGGGGCUGACUUCAUCAUUGUCCCAAGCAGGUUUGAGCCGUGUGGUCUCAUUCAGUUGCAAGGGAUGAGAUAUGGAGUGAUCCCCAUCUGUUCAUCAACUGGAGGACUUGUAGACACGGUUAAGGAGGGUGUCACCGGAUUCCACAUGGGUUCCUUCAAUGUUGAGUGUGAAACUGUCGAUCCAGCUGAUGUCGCAGCAGUGGCAUCAACUGUCACACGCGCUCUGGAACAGUACGACACCCCUGCAUUCCAUGAGAUGAUUCAGAACUGCAUGGUGCAGGACCUGUCCUGGAAGCUUCGGAGGGAGAGGAUAGCUGACAAGAUGAAGGCGUUGCUGGAGCUGGUCCCUAACGCCAACAAGGAAGACCAAAAUUUCCCCUAUCUUUUCUUUUCUCCUUUCUUUUUCUCCUUUUGCCCAUUCUUUUGAACGAAGUAGCAGGAAGCUUUCCUUGAGAUGUGAUGUGAAUUGUGCCAUGGUCAAGCAGAGGGAUUUCAUUCUAGAUUCUGCAAGGGAGAAAGGUUUUAUCAGAAGAAGGCCAUGUAGAGAAGGAAUUAGUACUUCAGAAGAAGGUUAACUCGAUUGGAGACAGAUAGCCACAAAUCGUCUGUGGAUCAGAUCAUCGGAUCUGAAUCCGACCAUGUUGCACGUGCUACCAGGUAACACAAAGAUCGUUGCUUGAUGUGGGCCCUUCGUUGGUAAUGACUCCUCAUUCCUCGCUCUUCUCACUUAAUUAAGGUAGUGCUCCCAUUCCCCUUCCUAAGUAUAGCUUCCUGAUCUGUUUUUUUGCUUGGGAUUUCGUCUUUAGCUGUGAUUGUGAGCAUAUAAAUUUUAGCUGCUUGCUUUGUAAUGCAUGCUACCUGAGCUAAUAGCUUGUGUAUAUAUGAGGGUGAUGACAUCAUUAUUAGCUUAAUUGUGAAUAGGCUCUUUGUUACAACUGAUGGUUACUUAUUAGAUGCUGAGGAUUUCAGCGUGGUUGUGGUCUUGUGGAUGAGCUUGAAUGUAAGCUUCAUAGUUAAUAGUUAAUAGCCUGAGUAUUUUAGAAACUUUGACAUAGUUAAUUUUCGUCGGUGUUAGUACUGCAUGGAAAUCUGUACUUUGACCCGCAACGAAAAUGUCUGGUUGGUGGUUCUCUUAUAUUUGGUUAUUUCUUUAAUUUGAAAUAGCUCACUGAGUAUUAAUUCUGUUUUGAUGUCCUCUUUAUUUAUGCAGUGAUUUAUGCUUCCAUGGGCAACAAUUUAUUGAACCGAAAGGUUAUUGUGCAGGCCAAUAUGUUUAUUGCACUAACACCGGCUAAGGUUAUCUUUAAGUGGCAAAUAUAAUAUAGACUACAGCAAAUCUAUGUGCUCCUCAGGUGGUGUUUGUAUAUGUUCAAUAGGAAGCUCAUUACAUAUGCCUACAGUGGUGGAGCUGCUACUUGAAUCGAUGGGAAAUGGAGGAGUUGCCGUGCUGCUGCUUGUGAUUCAUGUGCUCGAGAGGAGCUGCUGCUUGCUUGCAGUGGAGAAAAGAAGCAAUCCUUAGGAGGGAUAGAGUCCGGAACGAAGUUAUUCGGGAUAGGGUCGGAGUGGCACCAAUUGAGGAGAAACUUACCCAGCAUAGGCUGAGAUGGUUUGGACAUGUCCAACGAAGGCCUCCUGAGGCGCCAGUGCGUAAUGGGGUUCUUGAGCGGGUCGAUAAUGUAAAGAGGGGUAGAGGUAGACCUAAACUGACGUGUGAUGAGUCGGUUAAGAGAGACCUUAAGGAUUGGAAUAUCUCUAAAGAGAUAGCUUUGGAUAGGAGCGCUUGGAGACUAGCUAUCAAUGUGCCUGAAUCUUGAACUUAUUUCUUUCGGGUUUCAUAUCUAGCCUACCCCAACUUGCUUGGGAAAAAAAGGCUAUGUUAUUGUUGUUUUUGUUGUAUGUACUA